GUAAAAACACAAGGUUCGAUUCAUAUGUCCACUAAUACAUAAAAGAAGGGAAGGAUUGGGUUUAGCAUUCUCGAAUGGUACUGCAUUCCUAAGCAUCCAGGAAACACAAAAGGAAAUUGCAAGAACUGAAAUAAGUCUCUGCUUAUCAGAUUUUAAAGUCAAUGGAUCGUGAAUGAAAGACUCCGCCAAGCCAUAAAUCAAGAUUUCUUGGAGGUAUUCAGUCCUCAGCCCCAAUGGUGGAUUGUUUAUUUUGUGUCGUUUUGCAAUCCGAUGGAAAUCAAUUCUCAAGUGAUUACUUAAAGGAAAAAAAAAAAUCUAUCAACAACUAUUCCUUGUUCUGAGGAGAAAAAAAUCUACUUUGAACAUGGGAGGAAGGACAGACGAGUAAAGAGGAGGCUGCAACCCAUUGAAUCAUUCACACGCAAACAUGAGAGCUCCUAUUCGUUGGUUACUGUCCAACUUCUCUCAAAUCAAAACUCCUUCCAUGAAGAAUGUUUGUACCGGAGAUCAAGCUUCUGGUAUUAGCAGACCCAGAUUAGAAGUUGGUAGGUUCCUUACCAAGGUUCGAAAUGAAGGAGAUGGAGCUGUUGUUAGAAGAUGCAUUUUAAGCAAGGAAUUCAAGAGUGUGGAUCCUUUUAUUCUGUUUGAUGAGUUCGAUGUUUCUGCACCUGGUGGGUUCACUGACCAUCCACAUAGAGGUUUCGAGACAGUCACAUACAUGUUACAGGGAGCUUUGACUCAUCAAGAUUUUGCAGGACACAAGGGUACAAUCAGAACUGGUGAUGUACAGUGGAUGACUGCUGGUCGGGGAAUAGUUCACUCGGAAAUGCCUGUAGGAGAAGGAACCAAUAAGGGCCUGCAGCUUUGGGUCAAUUUGUCAUCCAAAGAUAAAAUGAUCGAGCCUAGAUACCAAGAUUUACCCAAGGAGAAUAUCAAGAGGGCUAAGAAAGAUGGAGUUCAGGUCAGGGUUAUAGCAGGAGAAGCCAUGGGAAUCCGAUCGCCAAUAUUCACAAGAACUCCAGCAAUGUACGUUGAUUUCAUCCUGAAACCUGAAGCUAAUUGUUACCAAAGUAUUCCAGAGUCCUGGAACUCCUUUGUAUAUGUGGUUGAAGGAGAGGGUGUCUUCGGGACAUUGGAUUCAGCAUCAACAACAGCUCACCAUGUCCUGGUCUUGGGUCCAGGGAACGGUGUCAAUGUAUGGAACAAAUCCAGUGAUCCUCUCAGAUUCAUUCUAAUUGGAGGGAAACCUCUUAAUGAACCUGUCUCUAGACAUGGGUUCUUUGUGAUGAAUACUCAAGCUGAGAUAAAGCAGACUAUUGAGGACUAUCUCCUUUUCCAAAAUGGUUUUGAAAAAGCUAGGUAUUGGAGGUCUCAACCAAUCUAGGUUGAAAUUUUGAAACAGUUGGAAUGGUUCUGAACAGGAAUGAGAACGUAUCAAUCCAAAAAAGCAAGAAGAGUAGCAUCUCUAUUUACAUCCAACAGAUAGAAAUUAGAUGGUUGCAGGAAAGAAGAGCUGAUGAACUCAGAAUUUAUGUGGUUUAGAAGCUUCAUUAUGCAGAUGCAGUUGAAUUACUAGCAAAAUAUUGAGAGAGUCAUCUGAAAUGAGAGGAACAGGGGACUGUUGGAGAAUAAGAAAUGAGAUAAAGUUAGGUUGUGCUUAGAUGUUGGUGAGGGACUGGUGGGGUGGGCCUGCAUACCCAAGGAAUUUCAAGGCAUCUCCCCCAGGAUUUUAGAUGUGAUUGGCAUACCAUUUUGGAAAUCUGAUGUUAUGAUUUCUGGAGCUGUGCUUUUUUAUAUUUGAUUUAUGGUUUUGUAUAGGCAUGACUGAUAUACAUUAUGUAUAUACUUUUCUCUUCAUUUUAAUGAAUUUUUUGGUGUUGCUGAUUA